AUGUCGCAAUUCAGUGGAACAUGGGAAGAAAGAGAAAAAGACCCAAGUAUGGGACCAUUAGAUUUUUUUUUCAAUUUAGGACUAGGAGAAUACAAGGAUAAAUACAUGGGGGCAAGAUGGACAGCCACCUAUGAUGUAAACGGCGAUAACUGGAAGAUAAGCUGGAUCACAUCCCUGCAAGACGAUCCCAUCCCGGACUACUACAUCACGGUCGGAAAAGAAUUCUACGGAAAAGGCCCCGGUGGUUCCGAUGUAAAGAUAACCCUAACAGUGGUUAGCGACUGUGAAACAAGGGAACACGUUGUCACAAAUGUCGAAGAUGGGAAAAAACGGGAAUUCAUCAUCACCAGAAAGGUCAAUGGAGACGUUAUGGACGUUAAAAUUGAAGCUAAAACGCCCAGGGCUACUACAAUGAAAGGAAAAAUGUACAGAAAGAAAUAG